AUGGAAGCAGGAAACCAUACCAGAGUGUCAGAAUUUUUCCUCCAGGGCCUCUCAGAUGAUCCAGAACUGCAGCCCUUCCUCUUUGGCUUAUUUCUCUUCAUGUACCUGGUCACCAUGCUGGGAAAUCUGCUCAUCAUCCUGGCUAUCCUCUCUGACUCCCAUCUCCACACUCCCAUGUACUUCUUCCUCUCCAAUCUAUCUUCUGUUGAUAUCUGUUUCAUCUCUACCACUGUCCCAAAGAUGCUGGUAAACAUCCAGACACACAGCAAAGACAUCUCCUACACUGGAUGCCUCAUUCAGGUGUAUUUUUUUAUGAUUUUUGCCGGGAUGGAUGGUUUCCUCCUGACCGUGAUGGCCUAUGACCGGUUUGUGGCUAUCUGCCACCCCCUGCGCUACACAAUCAUCAUGAACCCACGGCUGUGUGGCUUGCUGGUUCUGAUGUGUUGGUUUAUCAUUUUCUGGGUCUCCCUGAUUCAUGUCCUACUGGUGAGGCAGCUGACCUUCUGUCCAGGCACAGAAAUUCCACAUUUCUUCUGUGAAGUGGUUCAGAUCCUCAAGGUGGCCUGCUCUGAUACCCUCAUCAAUAACAUCUUCUUGUAUGUGUCCACUGUCAUAUUGGGUGUGUUUCCUCUCAGUGGGAUCUUCUUUUCAUACUCUCUGAUUGUCUCCUCUUUAAUGAAAAUGUCCUCUGCAGCAGGAAAAUAUAAAGCAUUUUCCACUUGUGGGUCUCACCUCUCUGUGGUCUCCUUGUACUAUGGGACAAGCCUGGGGCUCUAUUUCAGUCCUUCUGCAACUCAUUCUUCCCAGAGCUCCAUUGGCUCAGUGAUGUAUACUGUGGUCACCCCCAUGCUGAAUCCCUUCAUCUAUAGCCUGAGAAAUAAGGAUGUGAAGGGCGCCCUGGCAAGACUCCACAGUCGAGGAACCCUUUGUAUGUGA